UAAACAGCAACAUAAAGAAAUGUAACUGUCAUGUGUAUCACACACCCUAGGAUUAGAUACACAGCUCAGCAGACAGUAUCACACAGGAUAGGAUUAGAUGCACAGCUCAGCAGACAGUAUCGCACAGGAUAGGAUUAGAUACACAGCUCAGAAUACAGUAUCACACAGGACAGGAUUAGAUACACAGCUCAGCAGACAGUAUCACACAAGAGAAGCUGUGAUCCAGGCUCAGCAGGCUGUAUCUCACAUGAGAGGCUUAGAUACGGCUGUGCUGGUCGUUCCCAGUGUUUGGGGCUCUGGAGAUGGUGAGGGAAGCACCUGUGGCCCUCAGUGAUGUAAGGAGAGGAGCAGGAGCCAUAUCUGGGUGUACUAACAUGGCCACUGGAGGUGUAGGGGCGGGGCUAGUGCUGACUGACCAGUGUGCUGGGCGGGGCCAGCCCUGUGACGUCACACCGCAAAGCAUGCUGGGAGAGGAAAACUCCAGGAACCUGAGGGAAAGAGGAAGUUCUGCUGGAAACGUCCUGUAAAGAGGCUCUGAUGUCCGGACAGCGGGAGGGAGAGCCCAGGCAUGAGGAGCAGGUGACUGUACCAGGAAAUUGGAGGGACAUCUGAUAUCUUCAGAUUAUAAUCCAGGUGUUACUUCAGAUACAUACGAAGACCGUGACAUUAUCCCACAUGUAUCCUCAGGCCUUCACAGCAAAAUGUCAUCUGAUUCAUCACAGACUAUAAUGCAGAAGCAAAGUCACCGAAGGAGUGGGGGAGCCCAAAGAGCUCUAAAAGGGAAGACACUGUUUUCCUGUUCUAAAAGUGGCAAAUUUUUUACAAAAAAAUCUAAUCCGGAAAAAUAUCAGAUUAUUCACACAGGGGAGAAGCCAUAUUCAUGUUCAGAAUGUGGUAAAUGUUUUGCUCAGAAAUCAAAUCUUGAGAGACAUCAGAGGAUUCACACAGGGGAGAAACCAUAUUCAUGUUCGGAAUGUGAGAAAUGUUUUAAUCAGGAGCAUCAUCUUGUUGAGCACUUAAAAACUCACACAGGGGAGAAGCCAUUUUCAUGCCAAGAAUGUGGGAAAUGUUUUACCCAGAAAGCAUAUGUUGUUGAACAUCUGAAAUCUCACACAGGGGAGAAACCAUUUUCAUGUCCAGAAUGUGGGAAAUGUUUUGCUCAUAAAACAGCUCUUUUUCAACAUCAGAGAAUUCACACAGAAGAAAAGCCAUAUUCAUGUUCAGAAUGUGGGAAAUGUUUUGCUCAGAAAUCAAUUCUUAUUCAACAUGAAAAACAACACACAGGGGAGAAGCCAUAUUCAUGUGCAGAAUGUGGAAAAUGUUUUGCUGUGAAAUCAGUUCUUCUUCAACAUGAGAAGCAUCACACAGGGGAGAAGCCAUUUGUAUGUUCAGAAUGUGGAAAAUGUUUUACUAGAAAAUUAGGUCUCCUUCUACAUGAAAGAAUUCACACAGGAGAGAAGCCGUAUUCAUGUUCAGAAUGUGGGAAAUGUUUUACUCAGAAAUCAAAUCUUCAGAGUCAUCAGAAAGUUCACACAAAGGAGAAGCCGUAUUCAUGUUCAGAAUGUGAGAAAUGUUUUACUCAGAAAUUACACCUUCAGAGACAUCAGAUAAUUCACACAGGAGAGAAGCCGUAUUCAUGUUCAGAAUGUGGAAAGUCUUUUACUCAAAAAUUACAUCUUCAGAGCCACCAGAGAAUUCACACAGGGGAGAAGCCGUAUUCAUGUUCAGAAUGUGGGAAAUGUUUUACUCAGAAAUCAAGUCUUGAGCGGCAUCAGAUAAUUCACACAGGGUAGAAGCGAUAUUCAUGUUCAGAAUGUAAGGAUGUUUUAAUUAGGAAUAUAAUUUUGAAAUCCAUAAGAAAAUUCACACAGGGGAGAAACCAUAUUUAUGUUCAGAAUGUGGAAAAUAUUUUGCUAAAAAAAUAAUAAUAAUAAUCAGGUCUUCAUCAACAUCAAAGACUUCACACACGGGUGAAGCAAUUUUAACUUCUUCCCCAUAUCUGCCAUACAUGUACAGCAGAGAAGUUGCCAAAUAUUUAAAAGGGUUUUCUGAUUACAAAAAAUACAUUAAAAACGCCAUUAUUGAACCUUACUCUAUUAUAUAAGCCAGAUGAAGUUCUGAGUGCCUUUUGACUCCUCCAGUAUAAUUGCGAUCUGUGACUCGCACCCUGUGUUUACACCCCAGCAUAAUACUCACUGGGAGUGUCUGUAGCAUCAGGUCUCCCUUUCCUUCCCCUCCCGACUGGAACAUUACAGAUCUAAGCAGGGUUAGCAGCCUCAUUAAUAUUCACUUCAGUGCAGUGAAUAAUAAUGAAGCUGUGUCGGAUAUGGGUUGGGGUGGGGCCUUCUUCCAGAACAUAUAGGUACAUCUCAAUAAAUUAGAUUAUAAUCUUAAAGUUAGUUUAAGUAAUUAAUUUCAAAAAGUGAAGCUCAUAUGUUCAUUACACACAGUGAUCUACACUCACCUAAAGAAUUAUUAGGAACACCAUACUAAUACGGUGUUGGACCCCCUUUUGCCUUCAGAACUGCCUUAAUUCUACGUGGCAUUGAUUCAACAAGGU